AUUGAUCAACAUCGGUGGUGAACCAGCAUGAUUGGCUUAUGUAUUAUAAUGGUAAAUAUGUCCAUCCUCUCCCCGACAUGUAUUCAUGAGCCAUCAAUUUUUUGACUUUCGAAUAGAAAAUUCCGUUUGCUUUUCUUAAAUUCCCUGACAAAUUUGUUUUCAUUUUUGCUGAAUUUCAUGGUUUUCAUUUCAAAUGUCCUCAACUGAAUUUUGUGUAGAAAUAUCCCCAGUUCAAAAAGUUUUUAAUUUGAACAGCGGCAACACGAAGUACAGCUGUCACUCGACUGUCAAACAUCACAUAUGAAGCGUCAAUGAAUAGUAUGUAAACAAAAUAUUGGUAUCUAAAGUGUUUCUAAAGAAAGAAAAUUGAUUGUAUGUAACUCAAAAUAAAAUGUUUUCGUUAUGUCGUUUGUGUGCGAGGUAUAUGGAAGAAACCGAGCGAAAAACGGAAAUAACAAAACUGGAAACGAAAUUGGCGUUUUGCUGUGGGUGGAAGCGGUCACAAAAUGAAGCGCAGAUGCCACAGAAAGCAUGCACUUUGUGCGUUGACCAAUUGCAAACGUGCUGGACGUUUACUGAAUCCGUUUGGGCGGCCGAAGCGCAGCUUAAGAAACUGACAAAUGAACCGGUCGAAGCCGAAGAAGUAGCAGUAGCAAAUGAGAUUGAAUUUGUCGCGCAAGAUGAUGACUGUGAGGACGAGGUAAAAACAGAGGAUGAUGUGGAUCCAAAGCUGAUGUCGAAUUGUGUUGUUGUACUGGAAGAAAUGAAAUUGCCUUUAAAAGACAGCAAUAAAGAUAGUGAUGUUAAUGCUGAUGCUGAUGCCGGUGCUGGUGUUAUUGACGACGAUGAUGACAAUUAUAAUGAUGCGGACGAUACUGUUUUUGAUGCGCCAACCACUUUCUCCGAUGCGGAAAGUACACAUUCAAAUAAGAGUGAACAAAAGGAGAAGAUAAAAAUCGAUGCCGAAAAAAGGCAAUCGUUACGAGAUCCAUUCCUAACUGGUUUAACACCUGAAGAUUGUCUCGAAGGUGGCUUGAUAAGUGCGGAUGGUGUCGCAAAACUGGAGAAACUAAAUCCAACUAUGAAAACCAUGUCCUGGAGCGACUGUCAGUAUAAAUGUGACAAAUGCAAUCG